AUGAAUGCCCCCUUUACCUCUGGCCUUGGUCCAAGCUCAACUUGGAUCAAGUGAUGGCUCAUCACUUCUCCCUUUCCUUUGUUCAGUUCUUUCAGACCUAGACCUCCCUCAGUAUCAAGGCCAAAUUCCACUGCUGUGACCGAGUUCCUCUUUGAAGAUUUCUCCAGCUUUGGGUGGAAACACAGGAUUGUAUUCUUUGUUGUCUUUCUAACUUUAUAUCUACUGACCCUCUCUGGAAAAGUCAUCAUUGUGACCAUCAUUCUCCUGGAUUGUCACCUUCACACUCCCAUGUACUUCUUCCUGAGCAUGCAGUCCAUCUCUGAGACCUGCUACACUGUGGCCAUCAUCCCUCGAAUGCUGUCUGACCUUCUGAGUCCUCACCAACGCAUUGCCAUCCAAGGCUGUGGCACACAGCUCUUCUUCUAUCUCACCUUUGACAUCAACGACUGUUUCCUGCUCAUAGUCAUGGGGUAUGACCACUAUGUGGCCAUUUGCAACCCUCUACGGUAUUCCAUCAUCAUGGGUAAGAGGUCCUGUGUCCAUCUGGCAUCUGGGUCACUGGGAAUUGGGCUGACUAUGGCCAUUGUCCAGGUAACAUCUGUGUUUGGUCUGCCCUUCUGUGAUGACUUUGUCAUCUCUCACUUCUUCUGUGAUGUGCGACCCUUGCUGAAGUUGGCCUGUGCAGACACCACUGUCAAUGAGAACAUUAACUUUGUGGUCAGUGUCUGUGUUCUUGUUCUACCCAUGCACCUGGUCUUCCUCUCCUAUGUCCUCAUCAUCUCUACCAUCCUUAAGAUUGCUUCAGCUGAGGGCAGAAAGACUUUUGCCACCUGUGCCUCCCACCUCACAGUGGUCAUCAUCCACUAUGGAUGUACCUCCAUCAUCUACCUUAAGACCAAGUCCCAGAGUUCUCUGGGGCAGGACAGGCUCAUCUCAGUGACAUACACCGUCAUCACUUCCCUGCUGAACCCUGUAGUGUACAGCCUGAGAAAUAAGGAGGUCAAAGAUGCUCUGGGCAGAGCUUUAGGGGGAAAGCCCCUCCCCACUUAG